AUGAAUAGUUCGGACGAUGAUUUCAGUGACCAUGAUUCCGGGGUGGAUUUGGGAGACGAAUCUUUGCUGCCUGACACCGAAGGCAUGGCUAAAAGAACUAGAUUGAAGAAGGUCAAUAAUGGCAAACAGGGAGCAUCCGGUGGAUAUGCUUGGGAAGAUGAGUACCAACGAACAUGGGAUAUUGUCAAAAAUGAUGAAGAUGGUGAACAGUCCCUCGAAAACUUGGUCCAGCAGAUGAUCGAAUCGAGGAAGAAAAAGAUCAUGAGAAAUCCUGCAACACCUUUUCAAAGAGGAAUCAUCAGAACUCUAAUAGUUGUCAUUGAUGGCUCCUUGGCGAUGCUAGAGAAGGAUUUAAGGCCUACGAGGUUUUCUGCAAUGCUUUCUUACUUACUGGAAUUCAUUAAUGAGUUUUUUGAUCAAAAUCCCAUUUCACAGCUCGGAAUUGUCAUGAUGCGUAACGGUAUGGCACAUCUCGUUAGCGAGGUUAGUGGGCUGCCUCUGUAUCAUCUUGAUAAACUCAAAAAUCUUCGAUCACGGCAACACAAUCGUUUUGAGCCGAAAGGUGAUCCCUCUCUCCAAAACGCCUUGGAGUUAUCCCGGUCACUUCUCACCUCAAACUUCCAAGGUAUAACUUCAACCUCAAAUAAGAACUCGAAGGAGAUUCUCAUUAUAUUUGGUGCUCUCUUUACAUCCGAUCCAGGUGAUAUACACAAAACAAUAGACGCACUUGUGAAAGAGAGCAUCAAAGUCAAAGUUAUAGGUUUAUCGGCACAAGUUGCAAUCUGCCAAGAGAUUGUCAGGCGAACCAAUUUUGCCACUUCACCAAGAGGUAAGUUGGUAGCUGAGACCGGAAAUUUCUAUGGAGUUAUCAUGAAUGAGGCACAUUUCAAAGAGCUUCUCAUGAACUGUAUGAUUCGACAGAUCAAGUACAGCAAAACCAAGCCACAGAUCUUCAAGGUACGUCAAGUUCAGCUGGUUACAAAUGCCCACAAUGUAACAGCAAAGUGUGCCAUCUUCCAACAACUUGUCCCGUUUGUGGACUUAUGCUCAUUCUUUCCACGCAUUUGGCACGAUCUUACCACCAUCUUGUACCUCUUGCUGCCUUUGAAGAGGUUCCAGUCUCCAAUGAAUACCAAAACCGAUUUUGUUAUGGAUGUCUACUCAAGUUUCCAGAAGGAUUAG